AUGUUCACCUUCACCCCGUUGCAGGGCGCCAAGUCCGACUCGACUGCGGUCCAGUCCAUCCUCGAGCUGGACGGCGGCAUCAAGGUGCUCGUCGACGUCGGCUGGGACGAGACCUUCGACCCCCAGACGCUGAAGGAGCUCGAGAAACAAGUCCCUACCUUGUCCCUCGUCCUCCUCACCCACGCCACGCUCUCACACCUCGGCGCAUUCGCCCACUGCUGCAAGCACAUCCCGCUCUUCACGCGCAUCCCCGUAUACGCCACCACUCCCGUCAUCUCGCUCGGCCGCACCUUGCUACAGGAACUCUAUGCUUCCACCCCGCUCGCCGCCACCACCAUCCCCAAGGCCUCGCUUGACGAGGUCUCGUACUCCUACAACGCCCAGGCCAAGGCAUCCGAGUCCAACAUCCUCCUACAGCCGCCCAACCACGAGGAGAUCACCAAGUACUUCUCCCUCGUGAACUCCCUCAAGUACCUCCAGCCACACCAGCCUCUCGGCUCGCCCUUCUCGCCGCCCCUGAACGGUCUGACCAUCACGGCAUACAACUCGGGCAGCACGCUCGGUGGAACGAUAUGGCAGAUCCAACACGGGCUAGAGUCCAUCGUCUACGCGGUCGACUGGAAUCAGGGCCGCGAAAAUGUCUACGCAGGUGCGGCUUGGCUGGGAGGCGCUGCCGGCGGAGGGACAGAGGUCAUCGAGUCGUUGCGCAAGCCCACGGCUCUUGUCUGCAGUAGCAAAGGCUCGACGAAGCCGUCUUUACCGAGAGCCAAGAGAGACGACCCGCUCCUGGAGACGAUAGAGGGCUGCGUAGCCAAUGGAGGCACUGUCCUGAUACCGGUCGACUCCAGCGCCCGAGUCUUGGAGCUGGCCUACCUGAUGGAGCACGCCUGGCGGCGCAAUGCGGCCAAGGAGGACGGAAAGCUUCACUCGGCCCAGCUUUACCUCGCCGGCCGCAGUAUUCACAGCACCAUGCGUUAUGCCAGGAGUAUGCUGGAAUGGAUGGACGAGCGGAUCGUGCAGGAAUUCGAGGAAACGGCCGACGGCUCCAAGAAGACCAAUGGCGCAACCGAAAACGCCACUCCAGGGAAGCAGGGAGGCCCGUUCGACUUCAAGUAUUUGAAGCUUUUGGAUAGGCGAGGACAAGUUGACAAGGUCAUCUCCUCUCAACGGGAUGCUGCUUUUGGCAAAGUGAUACUAGCCAGCGAUUCUAGCCUGGACUGGGGCUUUUCCAAAGAUGUCUUCAAGGCCCUGGUGCAAGAUCCCAAAAACUUGCUGAUCCUGACCGGGCUCCCUUCGCCACCAGCAGAGGGCAGCACCGCCCCGGCUGCUACGUUUUACAGAUGGUGGAAAGAUGCAGUGACAGAAAACGCGAAGCACGGCCCCGACACGGUUGGGUCUGGCAUUGGGACUAACGGGGCCCUCAUCCAAGUACCUGGCUCGGGGAGGGAAACAGAGCUAAGAAAUGCACAGAGGGUGCCCUUGGAAGGGGAUGACCUUGCGGUCUACCGAUUCUGGCUUGCCCAACAGCGGCAAUUACAAGAUACCCAAACCGGCGGCGCUACGGCCUUGGACACAACGUUGGACAUUGACGACGCCUCCUCAGAAUCUUCAUCCGAGUCUGGAGACUCAGAGACGCACCAGCAAGGCAAAGUCCUCAACGUGGCCGCCACUUUGGGCCGUGCCACCAGGAAGAAGGCCGCUCUGGCCGAUGAGGACUUGGGUCCGAAUAUCUUGCUUAAAAAGAAGGGCACAUACGAUUAUGACCUUCGAGGAAAGUCCGGCCGAGAUGCGUUGUUUCCCUACCCAGUGUCGAAGAAGCGUGGUGACGAUUACGGUGAUCUGAUCCGUGUGGAGGACUUCCUCAAGACCGAGGAUCAACAAGACGAAGGUCACUCAGGAGACCAUGAAGGCAAAGCUGACUCCGAUGCCAAUCUGGGCAAGAAGCGCAAGUGGACCGACUCGGCUCCAGGCAAGGGGCAAGCCGCAGGCUCCGAUAAGAAGCAGAAGCUUGAGCGCGUCUCGGAUGAGUUCGAAACAGCCCUUACCGACGGCCCAGUAGACAACGAGCUGGAUGAUAUUCCCGAGGAGGAAGAGGACACGUCAACCGGUCCAUACAAGCUCACGAUCACCACCGAAAAGAUCACUGUGAAUCUGAACAUUGCUUUCAUCGACUUUAGCGGUAUUCACGACCAGCGCAGUCUCCAAAUGCUGAUCCCCCUGAUCCAGCCGCGUAAGCUCGUCCUCACGGGUGGAACCUCAUCAGAAACUGAUGCGCUGUCGACGGACCUGCCGAAACUCAUCCAGGCUCCGCUCGAUAUUUUCACGCCCGACAUAGGGUCGUCCGUGGAUGCGUCCGCCGACACGAAUUCCUACACCGUGAGCCUGGCCCCUUCGCUCGUGAAGGGCCUGAAAUGGCAGGAUGUCGGAGGCGUCAGGAUCGCCACCCUCGUCGGCCGCCUCAGCGUCACGGACGAGACCAAAGACCCGGUCCUCGAGAUCCCGCCCGCGCUGGCGACCGCAGGCCUGGUCGCCACGCAGGCCGUGGCCCCCUUCCACGUGGGCGACCUCCGCCUCGCCAACCUGCGCAAGGACCUCCGCGACAGCGGCUACUCGACCGAGUUCAUGGGCGAGGGCACGCUGCUGGUCCAGAACGCCGUCAUCGUGCGCAAGGCCGCCACCGCCGGCCGCAUCAGCGUCGAGGCCGCCGGCUGGGAGACCGACACGGUCCAGAUGGUCCGCAGGCUGGUGUACGAGAAGCUGGCCGUCGUCGGACAUUAG